UCCGGGUUCCAAUCGCUAAACGGAGGACAUUGCCCCGUGCAACGUCGGCUUUGUGCGUCACCACCCGUCCAUUCCCGAUCCGGUGGACAUCCGUGUUCCGGAAAAAACCGACGUGGUUGUCGCCCGGCUGCAUGAAGCGUGUGCCCUUGUAAAGAAUGAUCUCGUUGCAGACAAUAUGUCUUCGUCCAGGGGCGAAGGGGAGCCUACAGCGACCUCCGGGAUGGGAUCUGGGAAAGAUUCUACAAAACGGUCGUCUAUGACCUCGAGGACGUGGUCCGACCACGCUAGGUCGAAAUGGUUCGUCGACUGGUGCUGUGCUGAUGCUACGAACCCGGUCCAACAACCGUGUGGUCCUGUGAUCUUCGUCGAAGCCAACAAGCGCCGCAGGGUUCUGGGGGCUGUCUUGCAGUGGGAGAAUGCUAAAGGUAGUCGUCGACGGUUUUACAUGAAAAAUGUGUACGGUUCGAAGGGGAACGUCGUCGCCGGUGCCAAGGGGGCAGUUCUCGACAUGUGUUUGUUCGAGGGGUUCGGAGCGGGUGCUGCGAACACCCCGUUCUACAACAACCUCCGGGGGCAGGGCGGGUUUGUUUUGGGUUGCGAGUUCUUCGACCUGUUGGAGGACAAGGGCAUCGCCUUCGACGUCCCUUGCGAAGUCGGUCCCGACCUGGAACUGUCAAUUCCUUUGCAGUCGUGCGGUGGUUGUGAGUCGAGCGGGGCAGCGAGGGAGGGGGGGGAUCUGGGUUCCGGGGAGGCUACACAUGUGCAGCGGGAGGAUGCCAGAGGUCAGUUUGACGACAGCGAAGAUGAGGUGACACCGCGUCCGCUGUUUUCACCGUCGAGGGAAAGAGACAGGUACCUUUUCCUGAAAUCGAGGUUUGCCGUGUUCAAGAAGUUCGAAGGUCAGGGAUUGGAUGACGAGUUGUGGGAUAACAGCAGGAAACACGUUUCCGACUCGGCGUUGUUCAAGGACUGUCCGCCGUACAUGGGUUGCGACCAGGAGAACUCGAUUGAGGUGACGGAGAAGUUGGUGGGCCACAAGAAGUUGUCCGUCGACUGGAGAAACAAGGUUCUCUCCGUGUUGAAUGGAAGCAGACUGAAGAGACGGGAAGUCGCACUUGCCAAAGGCGUCAUUCACAUUAAAUGGAAAGACACGGGGGACGUGACAUCCAUCGCGCCGUUCACCAAUGACCCUUUAGAGGCGGACAUCAGGGGCGCAGAGCUGAAGGAGGCAGUGGCUGCCACUAAGAGCCACACAUUGGUCCUCGAUCUGUGCGAGCCGGUUGACCUUAAACUGUGGAAGCCCCAAGCGUGGGAGACUUUGAAUUCCUAUCUUCAGACAUGGUGUCCCUCGCAUUGGACUCUCGUUGUUUUCGUGCCGCGGCAGCACAACCUGUCGUUUCUCGCCAGCAUGCACCAUCUUUCUUUCGUCAAGCUGUUGGAAGGGAAAUGGGUGCGGAGAGUGCAGCAAAAAAAAAGCUUCCCCGUUGGGAACAAUUUAUACACGGAGGAAGACCGCAUGUACAUCCUCUUCAAGGGUGACGAUCUGCGCGUCAACACGUCCGUGGUCUACGAGGGAAACCUGCCCACGGGUGCCGCUGCUGUGGUGCGAUUGCCUCAGAGGGUCACCCAGACGGAUGUGUCCGAGAUUCCUUUCACGCCUUGCGACUGGUCGCUGGUGGCGCCUGAACGACAGGGCAGCGUCUACGGGGAUAUGGAACGCAAUUCGACCCAAUUCGUCGGUCUUCUUGAUUUUCUUGGCAAGAAGGGAGAGGGUGUCGUGUUCCUUGGGAAACCGCACGUGCGAAGCGUCUGGAAGCUUCUGAAGGCCGGCCGGCACCUUGUCGCAAUGGAAGGGAUUUUCGACCUCUUGCAAUUCACGAUGCAGGUGGUGAAAAGCGAGGUCAAUUCGAGUGGGCACAAUUGGGGUGGCAAAGGAAUCCCGCCUAUUGGGGAGAAAGGGUCUCACGGCCGCAACACGACACUGGGAGGCAGCGCCGGGGUGGCGGGUUUCGCCGUCGACCGGACUCCGUCGACAGGCACCCGGCCCGAGCACACGACACACUCCGCCGACCCCCAGACUUCGUCCGUGGGCUCAGCGAGGGACACGUUGGCAGCCUUGGUUGCUCUGGGCAGUCGAUCGGUCGGAAAGCCGAAGUCCGCCGGGAUCCGAACUACGUCGGGUGAGGAGCCGCCAGAGCGGUCCGGAAUGCGAAGCUGCUCGGGGUCGGGGGAUCCAAGCACGGAUCGAGAGAUUCGCAGCAUUGCGGCACGGGACGGAGACGUCGAAACGGUGUCGCCUGGGCGGGAGCGACGGCCACAAGGAUUGCAGCGGGAGGCUGCAAGUGCAGGGUCCGGCGACACGGAGACCACGAAGUCCGCCGAUAUCCGAACUUCUUCGGGCGGGGUUUGUCGGCCAGGGAUUGUCGUGCCGUUGAGAGGGGCAGCGUUUACGGGGACGGAAGGGCGGUCCUUGCGAUUUGGGACUGGUACCGCGGAAGGGGACAAGUUUCGUGGGAGGGAAGUAAGGGAGGAAAUGGAGGAACAGAAGGGAGCGCAAGAAGGAGAGGAAGAAGGGGAAGAAGAGGUGGAAGGGGAGGAAGUGGGAGAAACGAAGCUAAUUGAUUUGUUUGAAGGAAGGGAGGGUGCCAGGUCUGGAGAAGACGAAGUGGAACACAAUGAGGACGAUGCCGGAUCUGGAGAGUCGUCUGACGAGUUCGGACAACUGUACGGAGAGCAUCACGAGGAUGAUGUCGACGACGAUGCCAUGGCAAUAGAGAUGGAGACACAAGUGGUCAGCAGCCUUUCCGCAGAGCCUGAAGAUUAUGCGGUCCGGCCACUUACGUCUGCUGUCGACUUGCAGCACCGGUUCGACGAGGCUUCCGUCGCUAUUAGCCCGUCUGAAAAAAGUCGACGUAUAAGCAUCGACGAAGUUAUCGACGGUAUCCUCGGCGACCACAAUGUGUCCGCAACUGCCAACGUCACAUCUUUAGUAGCAGCUGCCCUCGCUUCGUCGCCGCCGAAGUCUCUGGUGCUGCAGGCCACCCUUGCCGCCGAAGGGGAAGGCGAUUGCGGUGGAGGACAGCAUGAUCGGAUGGAGGAAAUAGAAAGAUACGAACCUAAAGGAAAGAGGCAAGGGAAGUUGGGGAGUCGGGUGGAUCCUGCAGAAGAGGAAAAAGAACGAUUACGGAGAUGGAUUGCACAACGAACUAUUGGGAGCAUAGAGUCUGAAGAUGAGGAACUGGAGGCUCUUUGUAAACAGGCGGCGAAAUUGGAACUAGCGAAAAAGAGGAAACGAGGACCUGAAGUGUCGAUUGGGAAUAUUCCUCCAAUGACUACUCCGGAGAAGAGAACAAGUAUGAGGAUUUCUGAGGAAGCGAAGGCUCGCAUUGAGUCAAUCAGAGGUGACUUAACGAAGGAUGUGGCGGCAUCCAGUACUCCGUCAAAAAUUGACUUAUCGCUGAAGCAUAUUAUGGCAUCGUGCGGACCAGGCGGCAAAGAGAAGUUUGAACAGGAGUGUCAUGAAUUCUACGAUGCACUUACCAUUGAGGAAUUGAAGGAAGCGUGCCGGCGAGAGAAAGAGGCCUAUGGGAAUCGAGAGUUAGCCAUUAAACGGCUGAUUACUCGGAGAUCGGCAGUAGCCUACGAUCCUUCGAAUAUUCCUCUACCGGCAACACCCCGCAUCACCGGAAAGUCCAGCAAAGGAGUUGUGAUCAAAGAGGAAGUCAAAGUUGGGACUUCCGAGUCGGACCAAUCCUUCAGCGAGGACGACUCUGAGUGAGGUGUUUGUCGUCGCGACGACCUUUUCAAGAGAGCGAGUGAGCUUAGUGAUCUACGUCGACUACAACUAGGUAAGGAUAAG